GCGCACCGGCAGCCCCGGCUCCGCAGGUGCCUUUCGAGCAGCACCGGUUAACGGCUCGACACGGCUCGGAUUGCAUCGAAUCGGUUCAGUUCGGCUCAGCUCGGCAAGAAGCAGUCUGCCGCGGGACCGGCCGGCGCGGCCGCACUAAGAUGUGUCAUGAGCUGUUCGGCCUCAGCAGCCACCGGCCGCUCCGCCUGAGCCCCGGGCAGCAGCCCCCCGCUCCCCCGCUGCCCCUGGGGCCGUAGGGCCCGUGUCCCCCACCCCCCCCCAACGAUGCCCCAUCUCUGGCCGGCAAUCCGCGGCGUGCUCUGGGAAUACUGGGCAGCGCUCCUGGUCGGGGGUUUCUGGGGCCAGUGCUCGCACGGGAUGCCGCAUGUCAUCCGGAUAGGAGGAAUCUUUGAGUACGCAGAUGGCCCCAAUACCCAGGUGAUGAGCGCUGAGGAGCAAGCCUUCAGGUUUUCUGCCAACAUUAUUAACAGAAACAGAACUUUGCUGCCUAAUACAACCCUAACCUAUGACAUUCAGAGGAUACACUUCCAUGACAGCUUUGAAGCAACUAAGAAAGCCUGUGACCAGCUCGCUCUGGGGGUCGUAGCAAUAUUCGGACCUUCCCAAGGCUCCUGUACCAACGCCGUCCAGUCGAUUUGCAAUGCCCUGGAAGUGCCCCACAUACAGCUUCGAUGGAAGCAUCACCCGUUAGAUAACAAGGACAGUUUCUAUGUCAACCUGUAUCCCGACUAUGCCUCCCUCAGCCAUGCCAUCCUGGACCUUGUGCAGUAUUUGAAGUGGAGGUCAGCCACGGUGGUUUACGAUGACAGUACAGGCCUUAUUCGACUGCAAGAGCUCAUCAUGGCCCCAUCAAGGUAUAAUAUCCGACUGAAAAUCCGCCAACUCCCGCUGGACACGGACGAUGCUCGCCCGCUGCUGAAGGAGAUGAAGCGGGGCAGGGAAUUCCGCAUCAUCUUUGACUGCAGCCACCUGAUGGCAGCUCAGAUCCUCAAGCAGGCCAUGGCGAUGGGAAUGAUGACAGAAUACUACCACUUCAUCUUCACCACUCUGGAUCUUUAUGCAUUAGACCUAGAACCAUAUCGCUACUCUGGAGUGAACCUGACCGGCUUCCGGAUCCUCAACGUGGAGAACCCACACGUGUCCUCCAUCAUCGAGAAGUGGUCCAUGGAGCGGCUGCAGUCGGCGCCCAAGGCGGAGCUGGGAUUGCUCGACGGUGUGAUGAUGACAGACGCUGCCCUGUUGUACGACGCGGUGCACGUGGUCUCCGUUUGCUACCAGCGCGCCCCUCAGAUGACCGUCAACUCCCUGCAGUGCCACCGGCACAAAGCCUGGAGGUUUGGGGGCCGCUUCAUGAAUUUCAUAAAAGAGGCGCAGUGGGAAGGAUUAACGGGACGAAUUGUCUUUAAUAAAACUAGUGGUUUACGGACAGAUUUUGAUUUGGAUAUCGUCAGCCUCAAAGAAGACGGGCUCGAAAAGGUCGGAGCGUGGAGCCCUUCUGAUGGUUUGAACAUCACAGAAAUUUCCAAAGGACGAGGGCCUAACGUCACCGACUCGCUGAGCAACAGAUCUCUGAUCGUCACCACAGUCCUGGAAGAGCCUUUUGUCAUGUUCCGAAAGUCCGACACAGCCCUGUUUGGGAAUGAUCGCUUUGAGGGUUACUGCAUUGACCUCCUGAAGGAGCUGGCCAUCAUCCUGGGCUUCACCUACGAGAUCCGGCUGGUGGAAGACGGGAAAUACGGGGCGCAGGAUGAGAAGGGGCAGUGGAACGGCAUGAUCAAGGAACUCAUCGACCACAAAGCUGACCUGGCCGUUGCUCCUCUCACCAUCACCCAUGUUCGGGAGAAAGCGAUUGACUUCUCCAAGCCCUUUAUGACCCUGGGGGUCAGCAUCCUCUACCGGAAGCCCAAUGGGACCAACCCCAGCGUGUUCUCCUUCCUCAACCCCCUGUCUCCUGACAUUUGGAUGUACAUCCUCCUCGCCUACCUGGGGGUCAGCUGCGUGCUGUUUGUCAUAGCCAGGUUCAGCCCAUACGAAUGGUACGAUGCUCAUCCCUGCAACCCCGGAUCGGAUAUCGUGGAGAACAACUUCACCCUAUUCAACAGCUUCUGGUUUGGGAUGGGAGCGCUGAUGCAGCAAGGCUCUGAGCUGAUGCCCAAAGCACUGUCUACACGGAUCAUUGGUGGCAUAUGGUGGUUCUUCACCCUAAUUAUCAUCUCGUCCUACACGGCCAACCUUGCCGCCUUCCUGACGGUGGAGAGGAUGGAAUCUCCCAUCGACUCAGCAGAUGACUUGGCAAAGCAGACGAAAAUAGAGUACGGAGCAGUGAAGGAUGGAGCUACUAUGACCUUCUUCAAGAAAUCUAAAAUUUCCACGUUUGAAAAGAUGUGGGCUUUUAUGAGCAGCAAACCCACAGCGCUUGUUAAAAACAAUGAGGAAGGAAUCCAGCGCACCCUCACAGCCGAUUACGCCCUGCUGAUGGAGUCAACCACCAUCGAAUAUAUCACCCAGAGGAACUGCAACCUGACUCAGAUUGGGGGGCUCAUCGAUUCCAAAGGCUACGGGAUUGGGACUCCCAUGGGGUCACCGUACAGGGACAAGAUCACCAUUGCCAUCCUCCAGCUCCAAGAGGAGGACAAGCUCCACGUAAUGAAGGAGAAGUGGUGGCGAGGGAACGGCUGCCCUGAGGAUGAGAACAAGGAGGCCAGUGCUCUGGGCAUCCAAAACAUCGGUGGGAUUUUCAUCGUUUUGGCAGCAGGCUUGGUGCUCUCCGUCUUCGUGGCCAUGGUGGAGUUCAUCUACAAGCUGCGCAAAACAGCGGAGCGGGAGCAGCGCUCCUUCUGCAGCGCCAUGGCCGAUGAGAUCCGGCUGUCGCUCACCUGCCAACGACGGGUCAAGCACAAGCCCCAGCCCCCCGUCAUGGUGAAGACGGACGCCGUGAUCAACAUGCACACGUUCAAUGACCGACGGCUGCCAGGGAAGGACAACAUGACCUGCAACACUGGAUUGACACCUGUGUUUCCCUAGGGAAUGGGAAGAGGGGGGUGGGAGGGAAGGAAUAGCAGCAGGCAAGGCUGGAUGCACUCUUAACUAGGGAAGAAAGGAUUAAAAUACAAGAAAAAAAAAAAACAGAAAAAAAAUAAGCCUGGUUUGGUUCAUUUCAAGAACAAGGCCUUUCCAACACAGCUGCAUUGAUCAUCGGCAUAGAAGCAAGAACUUCAAAGCACGGACUGCAACGUGGGGUUUGGGGCUUUUCUGGGGUUUUUGGUUCUUUUUUGUUGGUUUUUUUUUUCUUAAACGCUUAGAUCCUACAGGCCUCAUGGAGCCCAAACUCACUACCAUCCAGGAGUCUGAUGUUUACAUACUGAAAACACAAGGAGGUGAAACAGAAUUGAGCCAAACCAACCCUCGGAGGGUACGGAGAAGCCCCCCCCGAGCGAGGCUUUCUUUAGCAUGGCAAUAAAAAGAAACACUUUGUUGGGUGCAGCGUGAGCAGCCGUCUGUGCGAGCAUCUAUUCACCCCGACACACACAGCACAUUUAGGAUACGUUGUCCGCAAAAGGGAAAGGUAUCUGUGAUGCAUCACGAUGGUCAAGGGUGUGCCUUCUCUGGAAGCAGCUCAUGGUGGCCCCUUAGCUCACGGCUGUGCUGGCCGUGGCCAUCCAUCCACAGCUGGGGGUGUGGUGGGAGAAGCCAACAUACAUCAGGAGGUCCAAGACAGCCAACUGUAAGGGGGGGAGUAAACCUGAACGGAGUCGAACUUCUGGCCAGGGAUGGGACAGCACAGCGCGCAUGGGAUCUACUGCCAUAUCCGAGCGACACCACCCACACGCCCCACGCCCAGCGUGACCCCAGGAUCUCCAGGUCCUCAGCUCCUUCACUCUUUCUGCAAAGCUCAGUCUCUCCUGCAAAGAAGUGCAGAAAGCAGCCGAGCCCACAGGCUUCAGCGGCAGCAGGAGUGUUUCCAAGAGCCGAACGGUACCAAUUUCCACGAAAUUCUGCCCUGCUGUGUUCACACCCACACCAGGAGAGGAGCGUACGUCUGGUCUGGGACUAAACGCUCUCCAUGGCAUCAGAGACCUGAAAGACAACGGUCUCAGCCUGGGACAAGCAGCACCGUGGGAGCCAAGCUUGACCCCCGUCCUGUUCCGCCUGCGGAACCGCAGCCCCUCAGGCAGCAUCUCCAUGGGAUGGAAGCAAAUACAUACAAAAAAUGUUCUGAAGAAAUCUUCCACGAACUGUGUUCUUACUUUCAGGUUGCUGAACCCAGAAGGCUGGUCCUGCGCAUUGAUUUAGUUGGAAUUACCAAAGAUCCCUCUGGUGACCUGAUGUAACGCUCCAGUAACUUCCCUCUGUUCCGUCCCUCCACGGGGAACCACGUGGGUGGCCAGUGGGACGCUCGGUGGGUUAAUUUGCAAAGUGAAACAACUAGUGAUGGCUCUGCUUGUCGUAAGCCAAAGCAUCACACGGAGAGGACUGCAAAGGUGCUUCAAAGUUCUGAUUUAACCACCGGUGGUGAAGAACAGAGCAACCUCCUGCCCUCGCAUGAUGGCACUGGUGACGUACCCACCACCUAAACCCUGGGUUGGAGGGCAGUGAGGUGACAACAUCCCAACGGUGCCCGAGCUCUGCAUCCCAAAACUUCACCCUCUGUGUUGUGAGCGUAGAAGCCACCGCGGGACCCGGCAGCUGAGCUGACCCAGUUUGCCCUCUCCUUGCUGCGAGGCCUUUCUGGAAAGUUUGCUCUUGCCCUAAGGAACAAACCUGGUUGGAGCCGAUCUCAGAUCUCGUUUCCCACCUGUUUCUUUCCCAGGCUCCCUUAGGAAGGUGAUCUUUGGAGCUGAUCAGAAUUAGCAAAUUAGCUCAAGGGGAGAUGGCUCUUCCCCCACCACCACACACACCAUAAUUUGUCCUUUGUUCGUUUGUCCGUGACUUAAAAAAGCAACACAGUGACCUUAAACCAUUUGUCACAUUUUGACUCAAGCAAAGGUAUGCAAAGAAUUUACGUUACAUUUUCACCUUUUCAUAGAAAACAGGGAAAAUUAGGGAUGAAAGCUGCCAAUUCCUCAUGUUCUCAAUAGUCUGCUGAUCAAAUACCUACAGCGGAGACAGAUUGGACAUAUGGGUCUGUGUCCCAAAGCUACUGACAUUCGUUCAGUGUUUCUUGUCAGAGUAGCAGGCUUUAUGUUUCCUUUGCAGAUUUUUAAACUCUUCGAGAUUUUUACAAUUAAAAAAAGAGAUAAAAGCAGAGAUAAAAACAAAGCCUGAAACUGGCUUUCAACAUCCAGAGAGAGUAAAAUACCACUGAAAAUAGCAUUUAUUUUGCUACUUGGCAGAUUUUUUUUCAAGAUAAAUAAAUAUCACUAAUACCACAAACCCCAGCUGGACUUGCUUUUACUCUCAAAAAUCCCAAAGCGACAGGUGAGAAUGUGGAAUUACUGGUGCUAUCUGCCAACAAGACCAAACCCUGUAGAUCAACCUUUUCCCUCUUUGCACUGACCAUAAAUCAGCUAUGAAAUAGCCGCUGACUUCAUGCAUCUACAUUAUGGGUUUAUGCUUAAAUCCUGAUCAGUGAAACGUUUGACGUGUUUAACAAAGAAAUGUUCUGCACUGCUAAGAACACGAGGGCUGGGGGAGCUGCCGGGGAGCCCGGCUGGGGAGAUCGCGGGCUCCAACCUGCUCACUGUGAGCUGAGAGGACCACGAGAUGGUUAUAGCCCUCAGCCUUCCCGCUGCAAACCUGGAGUGAGGAGUGGGAACGCAGCCUCUCGCCACACCGCUAGCAGAGCCUGGAGUGUCUCCUGUCAUUCUCCUUUACCCCGUUUGCUUCUUGCCUUCACCCUAAGGAGCACAGGAACCCGUAAGCCACACGGUGUUUAAUUGCAGAGGAGAAGCAACGAGCCUAACGCUCAGCAGUGAUGCACUGGGAGACUUCAGAAGGGGCAGAGCUGGUGAAAAAGCCCCAAAGCCUUCUGCGAGCUAUUUUGGGACCUGUUUGUGACUAGAGAUGACUUUGAAAUCAUCUGACUUCCAACUGCGUUUAAAUCAGUUCUUUUCUUUGCUUGGUGGGACGGACUGAAAAAGUGAGGAGGGAAGAAAGAAAAGACAGGUUUAGGCUGUUAAACUGUAUCAAAACUGCUGUCACCUCAGUUCACUCUUCCUUUAUCACUUGCUUUUUCCCCUCCAGCUCUCCUGUGAGGCAGAGCAGGGGCUUUGUCUGGGGUUGCUUUUAUGUUUGGAGUCAACCAACAGCGCGCGUUGCGUCCGAUGUCCAGAGGACAGAUCCACAGAGAUGGAAUAUGUAAAGGGAAACCAGCUCAGAAAACUACUGCUCCCUCCUCGGUGGGUGCUUCUGCGGAUCGGGACUCAGCUGGGUGCAAGCAUGGGUGCUCUCUGGGAAGGGGACAGCAAAGGGACUCUGCAAGCUGGUGGCAGCAGUGGCAGCCGUCACCCAGCACCCACUCACCCACGUGCGGCCAAACUAUGCGGAGCCCCAAACCCCAACACUCUGCAACGGUGAGAUGCGAUGGGGCAUCACCAUGGGUGCUCAGGGCUGGCUGGACAGGAGCAUCCUGGGCACCAACAUCACAAGCCCUCUGCUGUCUGUACCUUACUUUGACAUGUUUCUCAAA